UGAAUUUGUUUCUGCAUGGCUAAGAACGGCACUGUCGAGUACAAAAUAAUGGCAUAUGUUUUUUGGUUCCAAAGAAAAAUUAUGUUAAUUGUAGCAUUUGUUAUAGUAUCAAUAUUUUGUCUACUUCAUGUGUUCUGUAGUCACCAAAAAGGAAAAUGGUAUUCCCUGUUCCAGAACACUCGAGACGAAAUCGAGUAUUUAGAAUCAAAAUUAAAGAACUUACAACAGCGUGUGGAGUUGCAAGGAAGGAAUGAUAUUUUACCAAUUAUAUAUCUGAUAACUCCAACCUAUAAACGUUACACGCAACAAGCUGAUUUAGUGCGCAUGUCGAACACGUUAAAACAUGUUGCUAAUAUUCAUUGGAUAUUAGUGGAGGACUCAGAAAGCAAAACACUAUUAGUGACGUCAUUUUUAAGUAAUGUUGGAAUAAAAUAUACUCAUUUGAAUGUACGUACACAAAGAGAUUUGAUACUUCAAGGAAACGAUCCAAGAUGGAAAAAGCAUCGUGGUGUUGACCAGAGAAAUCAUGCGUUGUCUUGGUUACGAAAUAAUGUUGCCAAGGAUACAUCAGGCGUCGUGUAUUUUGCAGAUGAUGAUAAUACGUAUCAUUUGGAUUUGUUUAAAGAGAUGCGUUGGACAAGAAAAGUUUCGAUGUGGCCUGUUGCACUUGUCGGUGGCUUGCGUUGGGAAGGUCCAAUAUGCAAAGAUGGAAAAGUUGUGAAAUUUUUUACAGCCUGGAUGCCAUCAAGGCAAUUUCCAGUAGACAUGGCUGCCUUUGCCAUAAAUCUAAAAAUAUUGUUCAAUAAUCCAAAAAGUUUAAUUAAUCCAGAAGUUAAACGUGGAUGGUUGGAAAGUGAUUUUUUACAACAAUUGAAAAUAAACGUUGGCGAUGUAGAAGCGAAGGCUAACGACUGUACAAGAAUACUAGUGUGGCACACUCAAACUGCUGAACCAAAAAUGAAAGAAGAAUUUAAAUUAUUAAAAUUAGGAAGAGGUUCCAAUACCAAUAUUGUAAUAUAAUUUUUUUUUAGAUUAGAUUUUGUAUAUAUUCUGUUUUCAUUAAAUUUAAUAUAUCUAAAAUCAGCGUC